AAUAUUAAUUAGUUCUUUGCGUUCCAGCAAAAAUAAAGGGAAUGCAGAAGAAACAACAAAAUGCCCAUAAUUUAAAGUAUUAUAAAUAAACAAAGUAAAUUGUGCGUUAACACAAUCAACGAAGAGUUGAAGUUGAAAGGGAAACGUGUGAAAAGUAAAAAGAAAAUUGCGCGAUCAAAGUUAUAUAGGUUAAGUAUUAAGAAAACAUUAUUGAAAAUCGAAAAGAAUUUUAGUGAACUAAUUGUGAGCACUUAUACAUAGCACUUUUACAUAGCAACAGUAGCAAAUAAUUAAUGAUAAUAAUAAUCAUAUGAACAUCUUUUGCACUGCUUUUGAAAGUCUUAUAAAAAAGAACAACACGGUGAUGCGGUGAAAGUAUUGUUUGAUAUACAAAUGUAACAAUUCCGGUUCCGUUUAGCAAGUCAAUAUUGACGCUUUAUCAAAGAACAAAGAACAGCAGUCAUAUGCACAUACGUAUACAUCAGGCAGAACGGCUUACGAAAUAUUUCAAAAACUGGCAAGUUCUUUUAUUUAUUGCCAGCACGCUUUUAGAGCGAAAGUGAAGGUGGAGCAUUUCGUUGGUUUGUUGUUUCGUGCGCUUCGCAUCGAUUAAAAACAGCUGUAAAAUUGAAUAUUAUUAGGAAGAACGAAAAUUAAUUUCACAAAGUAUUCGAAAGCCGAUAUGAUUACGAAACUGCAGAUAUGCGUUAAGUUCGCAGAAUAAGUGGACAAAACUAGUUGGAUAAAAAUGUUUUUUAUUUUUUUUGUUUUCUCCCCCAUGCAUAUGUACACAUAUAUAAAAAAUAAGAAGUGAUGCAGUUGGGGAUAUGUGUUCGUAUACGUUUUCGGUUGUGUGUUCUGUGUGUGGAUGUGUGUGCAUGUGCUUGUUGACAUAACAAUUAUUUGCACCGACCUUAUACGCCAAUAAAUUGAAUGGAAGAUGUGCGAGCUGUUAAGAGAAAAAAUCUGGAUUUACAGUGGAAUAUAAAUAAAUUAUUUUGCAUUAUCGUAAUAAAAAUGGAAAAAAAGUGUUAUUUCAAAUCAGGAAACAAUAAAAAACAAACUGUGUUUACAUUUUCGCUUCCCUUUAAUAAAAUUGAAGAUAAAUUAAACUCAUUAAAAAGAAAUCGAUUGUUGACAUAUGAUGUAUUUGGAAAUUCGAUGAGACGCCCUUUCAAAAUCAGUGAUAUAGCCCUUUGCGUCCUCUGCUUCUUUCAUAUUAUGGCCAGUAAGUCGAUGAUAUAUGCAAAAAAAUACAUUAUAAAAAAAUUAAUUGCAUAAACUCGAAUAAUAAUUUAAUGCGAAGGAUAUUUUGAAGAUCUUUGCUUUGAAAACAGGAUUAUUUGCCAAAUCGUAAACAUACAUAAAUGUGCCUGAAUGUUUACAUUCAGAACACAAUUAAAAAGAAAAACGGCAUCAAAACAUCGUUUGAAUUAAAACAUUGUACAGGUGUACAAUGGAGGACCGGUUGAGUGAUAAACAAGGCGAAAUGGAAGGACUUUGCCGAGAUAUUAAAACCAAUUUAGGCCAAGAAAAUGGAAGGUUAUUAAGUAAUUCGAAACAUGAAUCUGAGCGACGCGCAUGGAGAGAGAAAGAUAUAUUUGAAAAAGGUAAUGGAAUAAGGGAAGGCAGCCAGAAAUCUGAAGAAUCGGUUGAGUGUAAUUUGACAGACUUAAGCACAAUAAAAAACGCACAAAGAAAACAAAAUGAUGAUUUUAUAAAAAAAUCCUGUAGUUAUAACGAGGAAAACGUUAAUUUACACGAUCCAUCGGUCGAAAGAUGCGGAGAUAGUGCAAACAUUCGAAAGGAGGCAAUAAGCGAACAUUUGGCUGAGAUGCCAUACGAUACAAGCCAGUGUGGAAAACGCGCCGACAUCGUAUCACCUGAAAGAGAAGUCAACGAAAAUGUUCAACAGGAUGCGAAAAACAUAUCAAUAGAUGAUGAUGAUGAAUGCUGUGAUAAAAGAAAUAUUGAAUCUAGACUUGAAGACUUAGAUAUGGACCAUCGCACCCGGACAAUGCUAAAGGGGGGGCUAGACUUAAAAACGCAAUCCGUCGAAGUACGGCCGAUCUUUCCAAACGUUCCGUAUAGCCCUUACGCAAGUCCUUGUAAUAGUCCUCAAUCAAACAGACGUAGGCCGCCUCUGCGUGAAUCUAGACGCGUUUCUAUCGAACAAAGCGGAAGUUUCCUACAAUUAAAUCAAUAUAAAUUAUUGGAUCAAAUCGGUCAGGGAUCUUAUGGGCUAGUGAAGUUAGCCUAUUCUGAAGAAGAUUCAACACACUACGCUAUGAAAAUUUUAUCCAAACGUCGCUUGUUACGACAAACAGGCUUUAUAAAACGUGGUCCAAAAAAAGUUACUUCGCCAUUGGAUCGAGUCUAUCGGGAAAUCGCUGUGUUAAAAAAACUUGAUCAUCCAAAUGUUGUAAAACUAGUUGAAGUCCUUGAUGAUCCAGUUGAAGAUUCUUUGUAUAUGGUUUUCGAAUUGGUUAAACAAGGGGAAAUCUUAGCUGUGCCAACUAAAAAUCCACUAAGUGAGGAAAGAGCUUGGCAAGUCUUCAGAGAUACCUUGAUGGGAUUAGAGUAUUUGCAUCACCAGCGCAUUAUUCAUGGUGAUCUUAAGCCCGGAAAUUUGUUACUGACCGAUUGCGGUCGCGUUAAAAUCGCUGAUCUGGGAGUAUGCAAUGAAUUCAUUGGAGAAAGUGCGAUCAUAACGAGCGGUUCUAUUGCAGGGACACCUGCCUUUCGAGCACCGGAGACAUUAAAUAUUGGUCAGCCAAACAUUUAUUGUGGAAAAGCAGCAGAUAUCUGGGCUUUAGGAAUAACACUCUACGCCUUAGUGUUUGGAAAUGUUCCUUUCGCACACAAUUCGAUCCCAAUUUUAUAUGAAAAGAUCAGAACCGAAUGCGUUCAUUAUCCUGACGCUCCUAUUAUCAGCACCGAGCUUCGGGAUUGUAUCGAAAGGAUGCUAAAGAAAGGGCCUGCUGAGCGUAUCACUUUACCGCAAUUAAAGAUGCUUAAAUGGGUAACUAAAGAUGGUAUGCAGCCUUUGCCAAGUGAAGAGGAAAACUGUAGAUUGGUUCAUGUAGGCGAUGAUGAAAUGAACGGAGUCGUUCGAAGUAUACCAAAAUUAGAUACUUUAAUCCUGAUCAAAACUAUGUUGAAGAAACAUUCGUUUGGGAACCCAUUCUCUAAAGGUAGAUCAAAAACUGGUGGAUCUCGUUUCGAGCGUUUUGCAAAUGCGGGACGAUCAAAUUCUGCGCCUAGCUCAUGUAACUUAUUUUCUGAUAGGCCAUCAUCCGGUGAUAAUAUUCUUCCAGCUUUAACGGAGAUAUCAGGUUCAUAUAGCACAAACGAGGAAUUACAAUAACUUAUACAUAUUUACAAAUGAACACAAAAAUAUGUGCGCACAAUUCCGUGAUUAUAAUCGCUCUGAUUUUAAACGACCUUGGGGACUAAUUUAUGAGUCCUUAAAACGAAAUCGUAAUUCUCAUUUUUCGAACUGGAUUAAGAUUGAUCUGAGCAAACCAAUCAACAGUUUGAGGAAAAGGAACAAAAUAAAACACUUUUAUAGAACUCUUACGAUCAUCGCUAUAACGCGCACAUACACAUUAAAGACUUCAUAUUGAGUGGAAGUACUUGCACGUACGCAUUUCCGCAUUUCUACGUUAAUUCUAAGAGGGAAAUUAAUUGCUUUGCAAAAAAUAUUUUAAUGCGCGCCAAGUCCAUUAUUACCAUUGUUGAAAAAAAUUUUAAUCGUAU